UAAUAUAAAUUCAACAUGUCACGAUUUGGUUGCGAUAAUGAUGAGAAGAUAAACGAAAUUAUCGAGUCAAAUACACCCAGAAAUACUGUAUACAGUAAGAAAUUUGUUUGGAAAGCUUUUAUGGACUUUUGCAGUAUUAGAAAUUAUGAAUUAGAUGGAAGCCGAACGGUGGAAGAAUUGGCGUCAAUUUUAAAAGAUUGGGCCGUGAAUAUGAGAAGAAAAGAUGGUAUGCAGUUUAAAGAAGCUACGGUCAAAACUAUGUGGAAUGUAACAAUGUUGUAUUUCAACAAGCGCGAGCGGCCCGCGAUUGUGCACGGCGAAAACUGCAGUCUGAUCCUACUAAAAGAAAACAAAGUUCUGUAGCAUUAAGUUUGACAGAAGUAACCAAAAUGAUCAAUUUGUGGGAUGAAGAAACUC